CCGUGGAACGCUCAAGUAUCUACAGCCUGCUUGUAACAAGACAGCGGUUUACCCACGAAGAUAGAUAUUUUUUGCCUUGUAGCUAUGCAAGUAAUAUUGACAACGUAUAGCCUAACAUAGUCUUUCCCCAACGAUAUUAGAAUUAAAGAUAAUGUUUUGUUACUUUAGUUGUGAUUGGUGUUUUGAAUCGAAACGGAACGAGAGCUAUGUUAUCUCCUAUAGAAUUUCUGAUGUUAUCACUGACUAUUUACUCUUUCGGUGCAGCUAUUGAUGAUUUUAACAUGGAUAUGGGUCGGGACAGUUUUGGGAAAGAUAAAGUGAACUUGUUGGAACAUCUAUCCCUUCUGGCCCUGAACAACGCUAACGCGUCCUUAACUGUGGGGAUCCAGACGUGUCUGACUCUUCACGUGGGCCUGUACGCCACUCUAGCGUUGGCCACGUACCAGGCGUUUGGACCACGGUUUACGGAUGAGUUCAGCGUGCUGAUGGAGCUGUGCAGCGUUCAGCAGGAGGAGAGCAGCCUGGUGACCGUGCUCAGUCCUUACAACCACAUCCAGCUCCAGCUCCGCCUCAGGCCAUACGCUCUCACGUUCAUCUCCACCCAUCAUAGACAUUACGAGUUCCCAGUAGGUGUCCUGUCUGAUGGCCAGUGGCACCGGGUGUCUCUUGGAGUGUCUACCAGUUGGCUGGCCCUGUAUGUGGACUGUGAACUGGUGGAGAGGGUGACCUGGACAUACCCUGAACAAGACAUUACCACUGACGGCCUGCUGAUGCUGGGAGGCAUCCUUGAGGGCUUUGAGACCCCAUUUGAAGGUGCUUUACGACAGAUGACCUUUGUGAUGGGUGAUGCUGAUGCAGCCAGAGACCACUGUAGCCACCACCUCCCUGUAUGUAACAGGAAGGCCCUGAACGCUCCACGCUCUGCUAGGACUCCCCAUGCACACCAGGAUGUGGCUUUCUCUGGUGACCUGCUAGAUGAUUUGAUAAACGGUACUGGGAGUUCAAGAGAGAGUUCCACUGAUAUAACAGAUGAUGUCAUGGCUGCCUCCCUCCCAAAGAACAACUCUCCCGUCUCCCGGCACUCAGCAGCCCUACAGAACAGGAAGGGUUCCUACCCCUCUAUGCUCACCCUGCACCCGGGUACAGGUGGCCAUUCCAGUGGGCCCUCUAAAGUUAUAUCCUCGGAUGAGAACAUCACCACAGAGCGUGACAUCAUCGACCUGGACCCCCGCAGCCCCUCCCCAGACCCCGGUGUGUUCAUGGAAGAGAACCUGCUGCCCGCUGAGGUGUUACCAGCGAAGCAGGGAAAGACUAGCGGUAGCCCUAUCAUACGGAGAAGCCGCGGGAAGAGUGCUGAUGUAGGACGGGCUAGAUCUGACCACACAGGCUUACUGACAGUGGCCCCUAAUCCUAGUGAGGGAGAUCUCAUACUGGGAUCUGACAACAGAAUUUACAGGCUCCUGAGUGGCCCUCCAGGGCCAGAGGGCCCUCCGGGAAAAACAGGAUGUGCUGGCAAAGAAGGAUACAUUGGGCUUAAAGGAGACAAGGGAUCUCAGGGUGUCAAAGGGCAGGAGGGUAGGAGAGGGGAGAGGGGCCCCUCAGGACCUCCUGGCCUACCUACCCUCUACCUGUGGAGGAACUCUCAGGAGGACUGGACGAGCUUCAUGCGGUCGUCCUUCAUCCACUUGCUCCGGGCUGGCUGGCCUACAGAACAGGGACCUCCUGGACCGACAGGGGAGACGGGCAAACCCGGCCUACCAGGCAUCCCCGGAGAUCCUGGAGACAGGGGACUGCAAGGACACAGGGGAGACAUGGGGAACCCUGGGCCAAAGGGUGUGCCAGGGCGUGCAGGGACCUGGGGCAGAGAUGGCAGCCAUGGCCUGGACGGGCAACCAGGGCCACAGGGAUUCCCUGGGCUUCAGGGUCCCAAAGGGUACAAGGGAGAGAAGGCUUCUCUGGGGGAGACGGGGGAGACGGGUUUCACUGGUGAGACAGGCCCAUGUGGAGACAGAGGGAGAAUCGGAGAUAAGGGUUCUAAAGGGGAACGAGGGGAUCCAGGUUCUGUUGGACCCCCUGGGUCAGUUGGUAAACGAGGAUCCCAAGGUUUUUCAGGACCACCUGGGGCUCAGGGGGAUACCGGGUAUGAUGGCGCCCAGGGUCCAAUCGGGCCCAUGGGGGCUCCAGGCAUGGCGGGCAUGGUGGGAACCCAGGGGCCCAACGGAUCAAUGGGAGACGCGGGGCCAGCUGGACCACAAGGCCGUAAAGGGCCCAUGGGUUCCAUUGGAUUGUUAGGACAGAGAGGCCCUCCGGGACUUUACGGAACCCGAGGACAUCCAGGGAUGGAUGGUAUUUCGGGUCAAAAGGGUGACAUGGGUGAAGUGGGUGAAAUGGGUGUAAAGGGAUUACCAGGCCUUGAAGGACCCAUGGGAAUCGCUGGACUGCCAGGUCUGAGGGGGGUUCCAGGCGGCACAGGCUUCAGAGGACCAGAUGGAGACAAAGGAGAAGCCGGACCCAAAGGAGACAGGGGUUCUGUCGGCGUGUCCGGGUUUCCGGGCCAUCAGGGGGAUAGGGGUCCGAGUGGACUCCCAGGACAUCCUGGUCUGGGAGGUCAAGCUGGUCCCCAAGGCAUUCAGGGUGAAGACGGAGAGGUUGGCUUCCAGGGGAUGAUUGGAAAGGAAGGGUUAAAGGGCCUCAGGGGGCCUCAAGGCCACAUUGGGAAGUCAGGACCUAAAGGACAAAGGGGUCGCGCUGGACGGCCUGGUCUUUUUGGUAGACCUGGUUUCCCGGGUUUUAGAGGCCUCAUUGGGACUGAGGGAGCAGAAGGAAAGCCUGGUACACAGGGUGCUCUUGGCUCUGCUGGCGUUCAUGGACCUAAAGGAAACAGAGGAUUCUCUGGUCUCGAGGGAGAGGCUGGACAAACAGGCCCGCCAGGCUCUCCGGGUCCUCCGGGAAAGUCUGGGAAAGACGGCAAUACUGGAAGACCUGGGGAGAAGGGCUUCCCAGGGAAGGCCGGCAUGGAUGGUCGGCAGGGACCAGUGGGAAUGUAUGGCUACCCAGGAGCUGUGGGUUUAACUGGAAGACCUGGACAUUACGGAGACAGGGGAAAACCUGGUGUGAGAGGUCUUCCUGGCAUACGUGGGAAGAGUGGACAACCUGGACCGAAGGGACACAGCGGGAAAAGAGGGCCCACUGGACCCGCGGGCCAUCAAGGAGAGACCGGCCCUCAUGGCUUACCGGGAUUACAAGGUCCUCCGGGGAUUUCAGGGCCAGAGGGCAGGACAGGGAAGCAAGGCCCCCCAGGAAACCAGGGGCCUCCGGGGCGUCAGGGGCCAACCGGGCCCGCCGGGUUCCCAGGCACUCCUGGGAUGGGUGGAGUGAUGGGGCAGACAGGAGAUAGAGGGGAGAGGGGAGCUACAGGCCCUGUUGGUGACACUGGCCCAUCUGGACUGGAUGGACAGCAGGGUCUUCCAGGAACAGUCGGUGAGGAGGGACCGUCUGGAAAGAAAGGAGAACAGGGAGCUCAAGGUCCCUUUGGAAAGCCAGGACCGAAGGGACGCCAGGGUGAGCCUGGGCCAGAGGGGUCCCCAGGGCUGCUGGGUAAACCUGGGUCAAAGGGCAAAGAGGGAAAGAUUGGAAGUUUUGGCAGUAGAGGAGAUCCCGGUCUCAAAGGAGAGAAGGGGGACAUUGGGCUUCAUGGAUUCUCUGGUUUAGCGGGUCCUUUGGGGGUUAUUGGGGACCGUGGAGAACGAGGAGUGAAGGGGGAGAAAGGCUAUGUGGGACUACGAGGCCAGGUCGGGUUGAUGGGAGAAACUGGACCAUCAGGCUUGUCUGGACUUGAAGGUGUUCAAGGACCUUUUGGAUUGCCAGGGCCUAAUGGACCACCAGGGAAGAAGGGAGACAUAGGCCCUCAUGGCAUGGCUGGGAUCCCUGGAAACACAGGCCUUGCGGGGUUGCCAGGAAACAGAGGAGUGAAGGGGGACAUGGGGAGAACCGGACCAAAGGUAGGACCUGAGGGCGCCGGAGGUGGCAUGGGGAGGCAGGGAGAGAUCGGUCCAAAGGGUUUCCCUGGACUAGGGGGGCCCAAAGGCGAGGCUGGGAAAAAAGGAGAACCAGGAGAGCAGGGGGAGGACGGUCUUCCCGGCAUCAGAGGGCCUCGGGCACUUUCCGGAUUGGACGGUUUGCCUGGUGAGGUGGGACCUCAGGGAGCAGUGGGUCUACUGGGACCUCUGGGGCCUAUAGGUCAACCAGGCCCUGAGGGGAGACGAGGUCCGAAAGGUCAAAAGGGGACUGAUGGUCAGAAAGGGAAUCCAGGAAGGACAGGACACAUCGGAAGGAGGGGGAGAACUGGAAAGGCUGGAAGCAGAGGCUUAAGCGGGGAGAGAGGAGAAAAGGGGACACGGGGAUACAUUGGUUUAACUGGGCCACCAGGAAGACAAGGACCUUAUGGGGUGACUGGCGCACGAGGAGAGAAGGGUGACAUGGGUGAAGCAGGUGUUAAGGGAGCAACGGGGAAGAUGGGACUCAUAGGCCCUCCUGGGGGUCAGGGGUUGAAGGGCACUCGGGGCCUUUUGGGAGAGCCAGGGAGAGACGGACUAAAAGGAGAACAGGGAGACAUUGGUCUACGUGGUGAAUGGGGGGCCACAGGUCUACCGGGACUUCCUGGUUUGUUUGGAGAAAAGGGUCUAAAAGGAUUUCCCGGAAAAUCUGGGCCUGUUGGAGUUCGAGGCCUCCCUGGCCUCCCUGGUCCUCCUGGCCCCCCCGGAACCUCUCUGAACCUCACUCUGGAACAAAUGAAGGACUUCAUGUACCUGUCAGACAAGCCCAACUACCUCCUAAUCCAGACUCUGCUGGAUUCAUUGCACCAGAACCUUCGCAUCUUCAUAGAUCCACCAGAUGGCACCAAAGAACACCCGGCUACUACCUGUUUGGAGCUCUGGCUCUCCCAGCCCAGCUACAGCAACGGGAUGUAUUACAUUGAUCCAAACCAGGGCAGUCCGGCUGACGCCCUUCUGGUCUACUGUGACUUCAUUGCUGCUGCUCCCAUGACCUGUCUGUCUGCAGUCAAGCCUCAGGUGCCGAUGAAAGCUUGGCUGAAGGAUUCUGGGACCAAAAACACAUUUCAUUGGUUGAGUUCAAUGGAAGAAGGCUUUCAGUUUGAGUAUCUAGUGCCUGAUGUGGUUCAGAUGAGGUUCCUUAAGUUGAGCAGCAGACUCACAAGUCAAACCAUUACCUACUCCUGCCGGCCUGGGAACAGACAGGGACCACAUGAGAGAGAGGUGAAAUUCCUGGCCAACACACGAAGACAGAGUUACCUGGGCACUUUGAAAGAUUGCAUGCCCUCUGAGAAGCUGGAAUCUAGAGGCCGUCGUGAAUCAGUGUUCCAGUUUGAGAGUGAGGACCUAGAUAUGCUUCCCCUGAGAGAUCUGGCAGUUUUCGGCAACAGUGACCUCAAACCUGAGUUUGGAUUUACAGUUGGUCCCGUUUGCUUUAGCUAAAGGACAACAUACACGCUGCCAAGAGCUGAAGAAACAGCCAGACAUGAACCAGCCAGUCGGGAAAAUGACUUUAAAAGUGGGACAGGGAAGGGCAUCGUAAUCUGUCCACUUCUCCUGAUGUUUGUGUUUAUUGGCAAGAAUGAGUAGAACUACCGACCAACAGGACUUUUGUCUCUACAGAGACGUACCGGUUGUAAAUUGGUUGUUUUAUCAAUGUUCAGAGGUCAGGGCUAUUCUGAGAGAAAUUAUGUUUGUAUUUUGUUUACACUGAUUUUAUUUGAUUUAUUUAAACAUAUUUAUGUAACUGGUUUAAAUGACAAUUGUUUUUAAAUACUAAAGGUUGCUUUAAUUUCGUUUUUGCAUAUAUUCCUGUAAUGAAUUCAGGUAUGUUCUUGACAAAGAACACUGUGGUUUACACGUAAUUGUUACUGCUGCAACAAAACAGUAUGUCACAAACUGAGUAACAUAAUGUCUGUUUUAUUAACUUGUGCUCAUUCAGCUUUGUUCUACUACCCUACACCAGUUAGUAACUGGAAAUAGUUAUCCCCUAGUCAAAAAAACUGAAAUUAAAAAGAAUCCUGGUUAUUAUAUGGAAAUAUGAAAGAUGUGCAUCUAGUGACUAUGCAUGCAUUCUUGCUGCAUCUGUUAGAUGCAGUAGAAUUUACUUAUUUCUUAAUUGUCAAGUUGUGAAGUUUUAAAGUUUGAUGAUGCAGAGGCACAAUGCAGUACAGUAAACAUACUGUCAAUGGUAAUAUACUGUACAGAGGUCAUUCAAGAAGAUCAAACAUCACAUUUGCGGUUGAUUUGUGUUCCUUUACCUAUACCUUAUUUGAUGUCCAUCUGUAGGCUCCCCUUUAAUCUUUGUCAGUGUAUCACGUAAUUUACAUUCUGACCUGGCUUGUUUCUAGAAGACCAUUCACCUCAACUGAAAUGUUUUUGAAAUUAGGUUAAUGGAAACCCUCAGUCCUGAUUUAAAUAGAAAUUCUCCAUGAGGGACUUUUGUGGGGCUUUAAUAACGUGCUUUAAUACAAAAUCAAGCCAUCUGCAAAUUUAACUGAAUCAAACAGCUGCACUCCUUUUUUAAAACUGCUUUUCUCCAUACCUCUGCUUGCAACGAAGGAACUGCUACAUUACAAAUCGAAGGCCAUCUGCAAGAGCUAGGCGUGUUUGUUGGAGGGAUGCAUGCAUGCAAUAUUUUAUGCAAUUUUGGUUAGAUGCUAUAUUCGUACACCAUUCGUUUUAAUGGGAUUCAAGUAAAGUAAUUAUGUUCACGUUUUAUUUUGUGCACAACUGUAAAUCACCGUAUCUGUCAUUUUAUACUCGUCCGUAAUCUCGUCCACUUUGAGAAUAUUUUAUAUUUACGCAUAUGUUGUCUUGUCGGAUUCGCUCAACUUGUGUUUUGGUAGACAGAUAGGGUACCUUGCUAUUCGCUUUUUUUUCAAAAUGCAUUUUGGGGUAGAAGAACGUGCAAAAAAGUAUGAUUGUGAGACCGCGGUAAAGGUGGCUUAUUCAGACUGAUCGUCAGUACACAACGAAACAUGCCAGAAAUAACUACAUUUAUUCAAUUGAAAUUUCCUGAAUAUGCUCACGAUAGUGACCAAGCAACACUUUGUUUUUCCAUAUCGAUGUCAUUUUACGUUUUGGAGGCGAAAUGUAUGUACAAUUUCUCACUUCCCCUACGAGGGUAAACGCACUGUCUUGAAAGUGCACCGUUACCUAUUGCUCGGCCACGACAUUAAUGUAAUCAACAUAAAACAGUGAUGACCCCUCCUCGUUUUUCAUUCAUUAUUACGCUAUAAAAGUUAUUUUACUCUGACCUGACUGGGCAGUCAUCAUUAUAACUAACUACUAUCGUUUCAGGGUCAUGCCCUUUCAUGAACACCACUUUAACGAUUUAGUAAUUAUUCAGAAUGUGUAUUCCAAUAAAUGUCAAUAGCGCUGACCCAAUGUAACUUUCAUCAAUAUCACCAAAUAAUAUAUGUUGUGGGACCUCUGUCCUACAAUCUAAAUAAUAAAUGUAAAAAUGUUAUACCAUGGACCUACCAGCUAAUGACAUUUAUUUGAAUAAAACGGUUUUAAAACAAUUAAUAAUUCCACAUACUUGAAAAUGUGUCAACCCAAGUGAUGGUAGGGCAGAUGUCCUUGAGCAUAUAGCAAUUGCUUAUACUCAUUAAUAAUUUAUUUAAUUGCAAAAAUAUGAAGAAAAAUCAUGUUGAUGGUAGAGCAGAUGUUUUUUAACCUAUAUGAGUUGGUUGUAUUGAUGAACGUUAUAUUAGGUCAGUAAGAGUUGUUGACUUUUAUUUGAAUAGAAAUGCAGUACAAACUCCUAAUCCUUGCCAAAAAAAAAAAACUAAGUGAUGGUAAUGCUAGGGCAAAUGUUUGUUAACCUAUUUCAGUGGGUGAUAUUGGAAGCUAUAUUGGGUCAGUCAAAGUUAUUAUAUUUGAAUAAAAAGCACAAAAAAGUAGUUUGACAAUUUUGGCAACAAAGGUCUGAGAGCUCAUUACAGUUUUUAGAUGUAUAUGUCAUUAGGUUGUAAAAGUAAUGGCAUAUUUCAGGUAACACUAGAUUCAUUGUGCACUUUUAAGCACCAUUAUGGUCCCUUAUCU